UGCAGGAGUUGACCCGCCAUCAUCUCGUGAUCCACCUUUCCCUCUUGCUGUUCCUGCUUCAAAUAAUCUCACAAACUCUUUAUUGUUAGAUACAACUACAUCUGAUAUUUCUAAAGGUAAUAGCCGUGAUGGUGGAUUGAUUUUGUCUGAUAUCAUCACUCAGAUUCAGGCUUCCAAAGAUGUGAGUAAAUUAUCAUAUUGUGGAAAUGUGGAUGCUGAGCCGUUGUCAACAUUCUCAUCCUACUCGUCCAAGAGAGCUUCCGAAAAACUACAAGAAAGAAGGUCUAUGGAAGAGAACACCGAUGGUAGAGAGGCCAGGAGAUCUAUGACCUUGCACGUGGAUAGGCAAUACCUAGAAACACCAUAUAAAGAUGCAAAUUAUAGGGAUUCACAUAAUAAUUUCAUUCCUAAUUUUCAGCGGCCACUUUUGAGAAAGAAUGUAGCAGGGCGAAUGUCCGCAAGCAGGAGAAGAAGCUUUGAUGAUAGCCAGCUAUCACUGGGGGACAUACAAAGCUAUGUGGAUGGUCCAGCAUCCCUGUUUGAUGCUCUAAGUGAGGGGCUCAGUCCUAGUUCUGACUGGAAUGCAAGGGUUGCUGCAUUUAAUUAUAUCCGUUCUUUGUUACAGCAAGGCCCAAAAGGUAUACAAGAAGUCACACAGAGCUUCGAGAAGGUCAUGAAGUUAUUUUUUCAGCAUUUGGAUGAUCCCCACCAUAAAGUUGCACAGGCAGCUCUCUUGACACUUGCAGAUAUCAUCCCAGCUUGCCGUAAGCCCUUUGAAACUUAUAUGGAGAGGAUUUUACCCCAUGUUUUCUCGCGCUUGAUUGAUCCCAAGGAAUUAGUAAGGCAACCUUGCUCAACAACGCUGGAAAUUGUUAGCAAAACCUAUGGCAUAGAUUCUCUUUUGCCAGCGUUGCUUCGUUCUCUAGAUGAGCAGCGGUCGCCAAAGGCAAAAUUGGCUGUCAUUGAGUUUGCCAUCGGUUCCUUCAACAAGCAUGCACUGAAUUCUGAAGGUGCUGGUAAUAUUGGCAUCUUAAAGUUAUGGCUUGCUAAAUUGACACCAUUGGUCCACGAUAAGAAUACAAAGUUGAAGGAAGCAGCUAUUACGUGCAUCAUAUCAGUUUACUCCUAUUUUGAUCCAACAGCAGUUCUGAAUUUUAUUCUUAGUUUAUCAGUUGAGGAACAAAGUUCCUUGAGACGAGCCCUUAAGCAGUAUACACCUCGUAUAGAAGUGGAUUUGAUGAAUUUUCUACAGAACAAGAAAGAGCGACAGCGCCCUAAGUCCUCUUAUGAUCCAUCUGAUGCUGUUGGAACUUCCUCUGAAGAAGGAUAUAUUGGAGUGUCCAAGAAAAGCCACUUAUUUGGAAGGUACUCCGCUGGUUCAAUUGAUAGUGAUGGUGGCAGGAAGUGGAGUUCUGCCCAUGAAUUAACACAGAUGACAGGCUUUACUGGUCAAAUAGCAUCUGAUGAAAUUCAGGAGCACUUGUCUCAGGGUCUUGAGACUGGUUCUAAUACUGAGGUAUUUUCAUCCAAAACCAAGGAUGUGAAGUAUGCGGUCAAUUCCUUAAAUGAAAAUUUAUCCUGGAGUACACAGCUGGAAAAUGUGGACAGCAGUGCCAACGUGGAAGCUUCUACCACACCACGUCUCAAUAUCAAUGGACUGAUAAGCUCUGACGAUCGAGGGGAUACUGCAGGCUUUAGUGUUAAUAAUGAGGCUGCACCUGAAAUGGAACUUGAUCAUUCAAAACUUACAGCUUUGAAGAUAAACUCUGCACCUGAUGCAGGACCAAGCAUUCCUCAAAUUCUUCAUAUGAUUUGCAAUGGGAAUGAUGAAAGUUCUACUGCAAGCAAACGGGGUGCACUUCAGCAUUUAGUUGAGGCUUCUGUGGCUAAUGAUCAGUCCAUGUGGAGUAAGUACUUCAAUCAGAUUUUGACGGUUCUACUUGAGGUGUUGGAUGAUUCAGAUUCAUCAAUCCGAGAACUUGCUCUUUCAUUGGUAGUUGAAAUGCUGAAGAAUCAGAAAGAGGCUAUGGAGGAUUCUGUUGAGAUUGUAAUUGAAAAAUUACUGCAUGUUACCAAGGACGUUGUUCCAAAAGUUGCAAAUGAAUCAGAGCAUUGUUUGACAGUUAUUUUGUCUCAAUAUGAUCCAUUCAGAUGUUUAAGUGUUAUUAUCCCCUUGUUGGUUACUGAAGAUGAGAAGACUCUUGUUACUUGCAUAAACAGUUUAACAAAGCUUGUCAGCAGGCUUUCCCAAGAGGAACUGAUGGCUCAGUUACCAUCAUUUUUGCCCGCUCUUUUUGAUGCAUUUGGGAACCAGAGUGCUGAUGUUCGCAAGACUGUUGUUUUCUGUCUAGUGGACGUCUAUAUCAUUCUAGGGAAAGCAUUCUUGCCAUACUUGGAGGGGCUUAAUCCUACACAAUUGCGGUUGGUGACCAUUUAUGCAAACCGGAUAUCACAAGCAAGGACUGGUACUCCAAUAGAUGCAAACCAUGCUUAGCUGGAUUUUGUGGGUUUAUAUUUGUGGGUGAGUUGUUUGUGAUCAUUCAUUUGUUGUUUAUCUUGUACAUUGUGUGAAAUGUGCAUUUUUUAAGGGGUGGGUCUUCUUUGUAAUUUCUUCAAUAUAUAAGUUGUUUAUUUCCUUUUUUCACUUGUUUGGUUUUGAAAUGAGGAAGGAUGUUUGUUGUGGCCAUGACGAACUCUGCAUUUUGAGAAAAAUCAUCCUCUUGCAAUGUAUGUAAGAAAGAACUCCAGAUUUGGCAAAUUGUGAGUGAUGGAAGUAAAAUGUGGGCAUCAUCAAUCUGGUGGCUGACUGAUUUAUGUGGUCGAGUUUCCAGUAUGGUGCUUCUUUACAUGACAAAGUUCUGUGAUUUACAAGGGCAAAUGAAGUUGAUGGAAUAUGGGUACUAUGUAAGCAAAAUAAUCAGUUGUUUUUAUGAUCUUUCUUAGGUUAGUAGAUGAUCCUUUAUUGUAGAUUAUUG